AUGUCCUUCACAGCGGCCCAGCGCUUCAUCGGCAAUGUCCGAUCGAUGCUGCCGCGGCUCGUCAACAGCGGCGUCGUCGUCAACGGGGAGCCCAUCCUGUAUUGCGAGCCGCGCGCCGUGCCGGCGGUGCUGACCUUUCUGCGAGACCACUCUGGCACGCGGUGUAAGCAGCUGAGCGAUUUGACCGCGGUGGACAUCCCGACGCGAGAAAAGCGCUUCGAGGCGCCCGUCAUGUACCAGCUGCUCAGCGUGGAUCACAAUAGCCGCUGCCGCGUCAAGACGCUCUGCGGCGGGCACGAGGGCGACGAGGGCGUCCCCUCGUCGGUCGGCGUCUUCAACUCGGCAAACUGGCUGGAGCGCGAGGUGUGGGACAUGUACGGCAUCUUUUUCCACGGGCACCCCGACCUGCGCCGCAUCCUGACCGACUAUGGCUUCCAGGGCCAUCCCAUGCGGAAGGACUUCCCGCUCUCCGGCUUUGUCGAGUGCCGGUACGACGCGACCAAGAAGCGCGUCGUCACGGAGCCGCUCGAGCUGACGCAGGAGUUCCGGCAAUUUGACCUGCUCUCGCCGUGGCAAAAGCCCUAGUAGGGCACGGCGCGGCGUCUCGUGUGUCGCGUCUCCGGCCUCGCACACGGCGUCGAGCGGCGACGAGACGCUCGUGUUCCUCCGUACGGGGAGGCUGCAGCGCGGCGCAGCGCACGCGUGCUGCCCCCGCCUCGUACCGCAGUCGAGCGCGCCGCCGCCGCCGAGACGCGGUGGGGUUUUGUAUUCUCGAUCUUACUAGUAGUAAACAAUA